AUGGUGUCUACAAUUCCUAAAAAUCCUACGCGGAUUGCUAUUCUAGGCAAAGAAGAUAUCAUCGUUGAUUUCGAUAUCUGGCGCAAUUUUGUGGCAGAAGAUUUGAUCUCUGACCUGCCCUCAUCUACAUAUGUUCUCAUCACAGAUACCAAUCUCUCCCCUCUCUAUGUCCCUGCUUUCCAACAGUCCUUCGAAGCUCUCGCUGCCAAAUCGAGCUCAACACCUCGACUUCUUACAUACGAAAUUCCACCGGGCGAGAACUCCAAGAGUAGAGAAACAAAAGCCGAGAUUGAGGAUUGGAUGUUGUCACACCAAUGUACAAGAGAUACGGUCAUAAUUGCUCUGGGAGGGGGAGUCAUUGGUGAUAUGAUUGGCUAUGUUGCAGCAACUUUCAUGCGAGGUGUACGAUUCGUACAAGUCCCAACGACAUUGCUAUCCAUGGUGGAUUCCUCAAUUGGUGGAAAGACCGCGAUCGAUACGCCUUUGGGGAAGAAUCUGGUUGGAGCGUUUUGGCAACCGAAGAGAAUCUACAUAGAUUUGCGGUUCUUAGAAACCCUACCCGUUCGUGAGUUCAUCAAUGGCAUGGCAGAAGUAGUCAAAACUGCCGCUAUCUGGGACGAAGCAGAAUUCUCCGCACUAGAAGAUAAUGCGACUCUCAUCAUGACUACAAUUCGAGCCAAGAACACAGAUCGUUCUACAAGAUUAGCUCCUAUCCGAGAUAUACUGAAGAGGAUAGUACUGGGCUCGGCGAAGACCAAGGCAGAUGUUGUAACAGCAGAUGAGAGAGAAGGUGGAUUACGAAAUAUCUUAAACUUUGGUCAUUCAAUCGGACACGCAUUCGAAGCAAUCUUGACACCCCAAGUUUUACACGGAGAAGCUGUAGCCAUCGGUAUGGUCAAGGAAGCGGAGUUAGCUAGACAUUUGGGAGUUUUGAAGCCAGGAGCUGUCGCCCGUCUCGUCAAAUGCAUUGCAAGUUAUGGCCUUCCCACCUCUCUCGCAGACAAACGCAUUCAAAAGCUCACGGCAGGAAAGCCAUGCCCCGUUGACGUGUUAUUAGAGAAGAUGGGUGUUGACAAGAAGAAUGAUGGAAAGAAGAAGAAAAUUGUUCUACUUUCCGCCAUUGGUAAAACAUACGAACCCAAGGCUAGCAUCGUGGAAGACCGAGCGAUCCGGGUCGUUCUUUCCGAUUCGAUUGAGGUUAUCCCUGGGGUACCCAAGACCUUGAAGAUCGAGGUAACACCGCCCGGCUCCAAAAGUGUUUCUAACAGGGCUCUUGUACUUGCAGCUCUUGGUACCGGCCCUUGCCGAAUCAAGAAUCUUCUCCACUCAGACGACGUAGAGUUCAUGCUUACAUCAAUUGGUAAGCUUGGUGGUGCUACAUAUGCAUGGGAAAAUGCGGGCGAGGUUCUCUGCGUGCAAGGUAAAGGUGGCGAUCUUCAUGCGAGUCCGACGGAACUCUAUAUUGGAAAUGCAGGUACUGCAUCUCGUUUCCUGACAACCGUCGUCUCGCUGUGCAAACCUUCAGCCACAAUAAAGUCUACAGUUCUUACGGGCAAUGCACGAAUGAAAGUCAGACCCAUUGGCCCAUUAGUCGACUCGCUACGUGCCAAUGGUGUUGAUAUCGAUUAUCUUGAGAAGGAACACAGUCUUCCGCUCAAUGUUGCUGCUUCCGGUGGGUUCGCUGGAGGCGACAUCAAUUUAGCCGCGACCGUAUCAUCUCAAUACGUCUCGUCUCUUCUUAUGUGCGCUCCCUACGCCAAGAAUCCGGUAACUCUGCGUCUCGUUGGUGGGAAACCAAUCUCGCAACUUUAUAUUGAUAUGACGACAGCGAUGAUGGCCGCUUUCGGGAUCCACGUCGUACGAUCAAAGAUGGAAGAACACACCUACCAUAUUCCGCAAGGAGUUUACAAGAAUCCAGAAGAGUACGUAGUUGAGAGCGAUGCCAGCUCAGCAACUUACCCACUUGCUGUAGCUGCUAUCUCCGGAACUACUUGCACAAUCCCAAAUAUUGGCUCCAAGUCUAUUCAAGGGGAUGCCCGGUUCGCGAUCGAUGUUUUGAAACCAAUGGGAUGCACCGUAGUCCAGACGGAUUAUUCUACUACUGUGACUGGCCCUCCCAUUGGGACCCUUCAAGCUAUUAAGGAGGUUGAUAUGGAGCCAAUGACAGAUGCUUUCUUGACCGCAUCGGUAUUGGGCGCAGUGGCAAAGGGCACAACCAGGAUAAGGGGAAUUGCCAAUCAGCGUGUCAAGGAAUGCAAUCGAAUCAAAGCAAUGAAGGAUGAACUUGCAAAGUUCGGUGUGACAUGUCGUGAACUCGAAGAUGGAAUUGAAAUCGAUGGUCUACCAAUAAAUGAGUUAAAACACCCAGCAGAAGGUAUUCACUGUUACGACGAUCAUCGUGUGGCGAUGAGUUUUAGUGUAUUGUCUGUUGCUGCAAUCCAGCCAGUUCUCAUUGGAGAGCGCGAAUGUGUUGGUAAGACCUGGCCAGGAUGGUGGGAUAUCCUCUCGCAGUCAUUCCAAGUGGAACUUGCUGGCAAGGAAGUCAAAGCCACGCAUAACAAGAAAAGUGGAACCCCGGCGCUACCAGAUAAGUCUAUCUUCAUUAUCGGCAUGCGUGGAGCUGGAAAGACGACGGCUGGUGCAUGGGCUGCAAAGAUUCUUGGUCGUCCUUACAAAGACCUUGAUGUAGAACUGGAACGAGUCUCAGGAAUGCCAAUACCUGAUAUGGUCAGGUUGAAGGGCUGGGACGUUUUCAGAGCUGCUGAAUUAGAUCUUCUAAAGCACUGCCUGACUGAUCAGUCAGAGAAGCAUGUGUUCGCUUGUGGCGGCGGGAUUGUUGAGAUGCCCGAGGCACGAGAACUUUUGAAAAAUUUCCAUCAGUCUGGUGGAAUUGUUCUUUUGGUACACAGAGACACAGAGCAGGUCAUGGAUUAUCUUCGCAUAGACAAGACUCGACCUGCUUAUGUUGAGGACAUGAUGGGAGUCUACGUUCGCCGCAAACCUUGGUUCAACGAAUGCAGUAACUUUCAAUACCAUAGUAAGGGCGGCAGAUCUAGCGCUCUAUCCGUUGCAGAACAGGAUUUCGCCAGAUUCCUGCAUCACAUUUCAGGAAAGAAUUUACAUUUCGACGAGAUGCGAAACAAAUCACAGUCAUUCUUCGUUUCCCUCACGAUGCCGGAUAUAUCAGCGGCAGCGGAAAUAUUAUCUAGCGUUGUGGUAGGCUCUGAUGCCGUUGAAGUGCGGGUAGAUUUGUUGGAGGAUCCGUCUUCUACAAAUGGAAUUCCAGGCAUUGAUUUCUUGAGUGUUCAGAUUGCACAUCUGAGGUCAAUGGUUCAGUUACCUGUAAUUUUCACCGUGCGGACAGUAAGCCAGGGAGGUCGCUUCCCUGACGCUGCACACGAAGAGGCACUGAAUCUUUAUAAACUCGCUGUGAAGAUGGGCAUCGAAUAUAUCGACUUGGAGGUUGCUUUCCCCGACGAGCUUUUACAUGAAGUAACCGCGGCUAAAGGGUUUUCGAGAAUCAUAGCUUCGCAUCAUGAUCCUCAAGGAACUUUGUCGUGGAAGAAUGGUGGCUGGUUCCAGCACUACAAUAGAGCUCUUCAAUAUGGAGAUAUCAUCAAGCUUGUCGGAUCUGCCAAGAGUAUCGAAGAUAACUUUGCGCUUGCAAAUUUCAAAAAGACAAUGGCAGCAGCUCAUGAUACCCCUUUGAUCGCCAUCAAUAUGGGCGUCACGGGCAAAUUGAGUCGUGUCCUAAAUGGGUUCAUGACGCCAGUUUCGCACCCAGCAUUACCAUUCAAAGCAGCACCUGGCCAACUCUCUGCUGCCGAGAUUAGAUCAACUCUGUCGACCCUUGGAGAGAUAGAGCCAAAAUCAUUCUAUCUUUUUGGUACUCCUAUCUCCCAAUCGCGAUCACCUGCACUACACAACAGUCUUUUUAGACAAGCAGGUCUUCCUCAUCAAUACUCCAGGCUCGAAACCGAUCGUGUGGCUGAUGUACAAGAUGCCAUUCGUGCUUCGGAUUUUGGUGGCGCAUCUGUGACUAUUCCCCUGAAACUAGAUAUCAUACCACUCCUCGACUCGGUCACAGAUGCGGUGAAAGUUAUAGGCGCAGUCAACACUAUCAUCCCUACGCCGGAUAAUCCACCUCGUCUUAUUGGUGAAAACACGGACUGGCUGGGAAUGACUCACUCCCUCAUGUCUGCAUCUUACACCCCAUCACCCGUCGACUUACCUUCCCCCGCCCUCGUCAUUGGCGCUGGAGGUACAUCUCGUGCUGCCAUCUACGCCCUCCAUUCUCUUGGCCACUCCCCCAUCUACAUCGUCGCGCGUACGCCUUCCAAACUCGAAACUUUGAUCUCUUCAUUCCCUCCAUCCUUCAACAUCAUCCCACUACCAAGCACUGCCUCGGCCUCCGAACUCACUACUCCUCCUUCAGUUGCUAUUAGUACCAUUCCUGCAGAUCGCCCGAUCGAGAGCAAUAUGAGGGAGACCCUCGCCGUCUUGUUGAGACACGAGAAGCGGGAUGAGGGGAAACAGAGGACUUUGUUGGAAAUGGCAUACAAACCUUCGCAGACACCACUCAUGAGGAUGGCGGAGGAUGCUGGUUGGGUUGCGAUUCCUGGACUGGAGGUUUUGAGUGCGCAGGGUUGGUUUCAGUUUCAAAAAUGGACGGGAAUCCACCCAUUGUAUACUGAUGCUAGAGCAGCGGUUAUGGAUGUUAGCAUCGCUUAG